AUGCUCGGGCGGACAUAUUUCUUCCGCGCAGACAUCGACUUCCCCAAAGGCGGCGCCCCGUCGACGAAGCACUACACCAGAGACCUCGCCGCGCGCCGCCCCGAAGAUCCGAGCCCGCGGCUCUGCGCGCGGUGCCAGGACUGGGACGUCCCCGAGUUCGCCGCGGGGCGCGGAGCUAAGGCGCAUUACUAUCUCCCGCUCGCUGCGGUUCUCCGGGCCGGGAGCGAAUGUCUUGUCUGUGCCGCUGUCGGGGCGGCUGUGGAGGCGAGGAGGAGGGCCGGGUCCGGGUGUGAGAGGGAAGAGUGGUUGAGGGCGGCGAAGGUGGAGGAAGUGUAUGUGGCUGUGCAGGGGCCGUUUUUCCUGGACUCGGGGUAUAAGGUCGACCAGGAGAGGAGGCUGGCGGACGGGGAGCCGUUUGAGCCGGUGCGGUUCGUCGCGCUGAGCUACAUGUGGGAAGCCAGCGAGGGCGCCGGGCACGCGCAGCUUGUGAAUGCCAACGCGGAGGAUCUCGGGGCGGAAGGCAGUCUCUCGGCGGUCUCGCUGCCUCGGAUCAUCACGGACACGAUCUCGCUGUGCAGGGACCUCGGGGAGCGGUAUCUGUGGGUGGACCGGCUGUGCAUCGUGCAGGACGACGAGCGGUCGAAGCCGGACCAGAUUGACGGCAUGGAUCGGAUUUACAGGUCUGCGGCGUUCGCCAUCAUGGCCGCGUUAGACGACCGCACGGGGAAGGGGCUGCCGGGGUACAUUGACGAGAGGAGGCCGCGGGCUUCGCUUUGGGGACCGCCGAGGAAUCGGAACAGUCGUCGCGGGAUCGAUCCGAACGGCGUUCAGGCUAUCGUCGACCCGUCGCUAUGGAACAGGCGGGGAUGGACGUUCCAGGAGAGGCUAUUCACGAAGCGACGGUUGUUCAUCACGGAGUAUCAGGUCUUGUUCGAGUGUUGUCGCGCGCAGGCUGCGGAGGAGCUCACGUGGGGGCCGCUUUUGAAGGAUGAUCCGUAUUACUCGCCCGUCGAAGAGGCCGGCCACGAGGAUGAUCAUGAUUGUGGCGAUGCCGAUGCAGAUGCCGGGGUCAGUCACGAUGGCGAGAAACGGAAGAAGAACAGACACUCGUUCGGAACGGGGUUCUACUGCAAGCCGAGGUUCGGCAAGUCCACCACGAUCCAACUCCAAGACCACACCAUGCUGGCGGAUUACUGUCUCUGGGUGGAAAACUACACGCCGCGCGAGCUCUCGCACGGGGGCGACGUCCUCAACGCCUUCGCCGGAGUCGGCAAUGCGGUGAAGAAGGCCAUGAAGACGGAGGUCAUGUACGGGUUGCCUGCGACGUGUCUGCCGCAGGCUUUGAUGUGGAGUCACACGGGCAGGGCGGCGCGCCGCGAGGAGACGGCCUGGAUCCCGAGCUGGAGCUGGGCGGGAUGGGUCGGGAAGGCGGGAUACAGAUGGAUUCACGGGGAGGAGAAGCUGAACGACUCCAAGCUCGUCCGCGUCGUGACGCUGGUCGCGUUCCACUUCCAGGAUCCGGGCCGCGGCCUGGGGAGGGUGGGCGUCAGGGAGCGAUGGCUGGGCAUGGAGAUGCGUAAGAUGAACAUCCUCAGCCCGGACAAGCUGCCCAAGCUGCAGCGGCGGAUGAGCGGCGGCAGGAUCAGCGUGUCGGAGGAGACGGACCGGAUGUACGAGGAGAUGUGGAACCGGUGUCCUCACAGCCCGUGGGAAGCCCUCGCGCGCCCGGAGCUGGAUCCCGCGGCUGUAGAGAUUGCGGGCGACUUUCCCGGGUGCUUGGUGUUCAAUACCACCGUCGCGUCGUUGCGGAUUGGGCGUGAUCGAAGGUCAGGCAUGCGGACGGCGGGCGAGUUCGAGGACGCGGAGAUUCUGGACGUGAUGGGGCGGCAGGUUGGGUACCUUGACAAGAUGGACCCGGAGUGGAUUGCCGGGCGGAAAGGUAAAAGAGAUCGCAGGAGAAUGCUCGAUUUCAUCGUCAUCAGCGCCGGGCUGCAGGAGGCUACCAGCGAGAGAGGCCAGUGGGCGUUUAUCGAGGGGCAGUUUCAUGAAUUGUGGCAGUUUAAUGUCAUGCUUGUUGAGCGGCUGCCGUACGAGCAAACGGCGGAUGCUGCCGUCUACUUGACGGCUUUCGAAGCAGCAUCUCUGAUCUGA